CCGAGUGGAAGCUCUCUCUCUCGCAGUCUCUCGCAGACUCUCGCAGACUCUCUCUCUCGCCCGCGCCGUUUCCAAACACACUUCGCCCGUGAGCGCCCUUCUCGCACAUGAUCCCAUUGCCCUCCCUCUCCGCCGGCACAGCUGCGAGCAGCCUCUUUGACGGCCAUGUUCCGCAACAGGAGAACCUCACAGAAGCCCAGCGACGACCUCUACCGGACUUUCAAGGCCAAUUUCCCUCGCCUUUCUGGCAACAACAACAACACCACCACCACCACCACCCACGACAACAACAAAACCAUCACCUCCACCACCAGCACCUCGUCGUCGAGCGACGACGCCCACGUAAACGCAAACGCAAACGCCGCUCCGACGACUUCUCUGGCCGAAGCGCUCGAUGUCCCGCUGAACCCGCGCUCUCUCGACGCGCAGAGUCAGCCGCAGCCGCAUGAUAUCAAGGAUGCAGACCCCACUCCCAGAGGUUCGAACGAGCCGUGGACUUUUGGAACUUCUGGUCUAACACCCUCCCUCAUGGAUCCCAACAGUCACAACUUCAACAUGUUCGCCAACCAGAUGCCCGGCUACUACACGCCUACGCCGGGAGGGACCAACACCCUAUACCACAACCAGGCCGGCGACCUGCACACGCCCACCUUUGGCAUGGGACUCAACACUCCGCUCUCCAUGCCGACCUCAGACGGUGCUUUGCAUGCUGGCCAGCAAGGCGCACCGUUCCACGCCUUCCCGCCCAACACCAUGCCGCCGCAUCAUCUCCAGCAACAGCAAUUCCAAAACAUGAAUCCCUUUCAAAUGCAUCAACAAGGCUAUGCGCCCACGCAGUUUACGCAUCCAAACUCUUUCGACGACCUCCAGGGCCCGAUUGGAGAGUCGCCCGUCGACGACAUGGGUAUGGACAUGGGCCUGGCACAUCCACACCAAUCGCCCGACAUGCUCUUUCGCCCGCCUAAUCUACAGAAUACGAUGCAACCCCCUCCGCUGCAUCCGUCUGCCGAAAAGUUUCGGUAUCAUGUCACGUUGAAUGCACCCACAGCCAUGAUCAAGCACUCGGACGAAAUCCCUGUGACGUAUCUGAACAAAGGCCAAGCAUACACUCUCAACGUGGUCGACACACAUACACAACAAAGCACGCCCGCCGUCCGGUAUCGGACGUUCGUGCGCGUCUCCUUUGAGGACGAGCAACAACGCCAAAAGCCCGCGGCAUGUUGGCAGCUCUGGAAGGAAGGUCGUGGUACGAACGAAGCGCAUCAGAGAGGAGGGCGCCUGCAAGCAGUCGAGUACGUGGACCCUGGUCAGACUGGUGUCGCUGAAGACCCCACGAAGCCUCGAGUAGACCUCGAGUGCUCUUCGUUUGAUGGCUUUUGCGUGACAUGGUCCCCCGCCAACGGAACUGCCGAGUGUCCCAUCUCGGUGCGCUUCAAUUUCUUGUCCACCGACUUCAGUCAUUCCAAGGGCGUCAAAGGGAUCCCUGUCCGACUGUGCGCGAAAACGGAAGCGAUUGAGGAGUCUGCACUCAACCCGGCGCCAGCGACGGGAGCCGAGGUAUGCUAUUGCAAGGUCAAGCUCUUCCGAGAUCAUGGAGCAGAGCGCAAACUAUCAAACGAUGUGGCGCACGUCAAGAAGACCAUCGACAAGUUGAAUCAACAGAUUGCACAGAUCGAGUCUGGCAUGCGCGAUCUCGGCAAGAGGAAGCGCGCGGGAUCCCUCGCGCAGAAGAAUGGCAUGGACCGGCCAGGGAAGGUGCCGAAGCACAGAAGAACAUGGUCGAUGAAUUCCGUCGGCUCGAAUGGCGGUGGCAGAGGAAGCGCAGAAGAAGACCUACAUAUGAAGCUGAUGACGCUGCAAGAUAUGUUCACUUCCACCCGACCUGCCAGUGUCCUCUACCUGAGAGGCGACGAUGGAGAUGAUCCCGAUGCAUAUCCAGUGAAGCUGACGGGCGACAUCGACCUCCUCCGAACCGAUUCUGCGGACACUUCCAACUGGGACAAGCAGAGCGAAGGCAAGAACGAUUCUUCCAUGGUCUCGCCCACGCCCAGCUCCAACUCUCUGGUGGGGAGUCGGAAGGAUUCGACAAUGCAGCAACCUACACCUGCUGGAGGCUCAACCUCGAGGCAAUCAUCGAAUGAAUGGCGGAACCAGACCCAAACCGCGACCGUAGACAUACAACCCACAAUACCGGAGCAACUGCAUAGCCCGCCGGAAAACAUGCCUACGAGAGUACAGACAGUAUCAUCGGACGUCGGAUCCGUCUCGGGGUGGAUAGAAGCGGUCGGCGUAGACUCCAACUACCGUCCGCCUCCCCCACGAGCGGUGAAACCGGUGGCAUGCUUCUAUGUGCAACCUCAUGUGGCAGGGAAAGCUCCAUCAGAUAACCACUAUCGCGCCAUCUAUCUCAUGAAGCGGACAUUGAAGGACUUUACGAAUGCAGUUGCGACCAAGUGCAACAUCGAACCGACGCAGAUCAUCAGGACCUACAGAACGACGGAGAACGGGCUCAACAUCUUGUUUGACGACGAGUGCAUUGAUAGACUGCCGGAAGGACAGGACAUGGCCGCGGAGUUCUGCGAGGCCCAGCUCGAUGCAGACGACGCACCGAUCAAGCCCAAGCGAGAAUGGGAUGCUGGUCCCACGGACAUUCAAUGCGACGGGGAGCUCUCGACCGCGGAGAAUGUUCAAUCGCACGGAUAUGAGCUCAAGUUACUUUUCUGAUUGUGUUUCAAGCGACGACAGCACCUCGAUCGUCGAGGCUCACUUGCUCUCUCUCUCUCCUCCUCCUCCUCCUCCUCCUCACACGGUACGAAACAGAAACGAGCAACACGACGUACGACGACGCCCUUCUAUGUAGCAUUGACGGAAAUUGUGUAUAUGAUGGGGAUGGGUUUCAAACUUUCCGAGAUGGCGCGCCCUCUCGCGCCCGCCUGCUGUGGUAUAUACCUAGGCAGGCUCACAUGGUUGCGAUCGAUGACCCGGCCUUUUUUUGUUUUUGAUAUCCGGCUCUUUUACUACUUUUGGAAGCGCUCAAAGAUACCCCCCAUUGCGAACUGGGAUGGCCAGACAGACCCCUUUAUCAGAAGGAGCAAAAAAUUUUAAUGCAUGGUUGGAUGGACGGCCUCUUUCCCCUCUGUGUGUGUCUCUAUCUCUUUCUGUCUCUCUCACACACACUCACUCUCUUCCGACAUAAUUGCAAGGCUCGCAGGAGCAGGACUUUUUGCGAAGCGGCAAUUGCAAUAACCAGAACAACUGUUACUACUAUUACCAUCACUGUUAUUACUACUACAUAAGGCAACAGAAUUCAUUAUAAUGAAGUUCAAAACAAUUC